AUGAGCUCUUCAGAAUUCACAGGUCACCUCAUGCAUCGCCGCCGAUUCGUUCAGCUAUCUGCCAUUGCGGCAGGAGGGAUCGUGGCCGGCUACUUCAACAUUCCUGCAAGCGCAGCUUCAACGAGUGACGAAAACAAAAUGGCGAACAAUAAAGCCGCUCAGACUCCUCGGUUUGCCUAUGUCGGAUCCAGGACAACCAAAGAGCGAAACGCACGCGGCGCAGGCAUCACAGUCUAUCGGUACGCCCCCGACACCGGAGCCUGCGCGCUCGUACAAACGCUGAAUGAUUUGGUGAACCCCUCAUUUCUGGCCUUCGAUCAAACGCAGUCUCAUCUUUACUGUGUUCACGGUGAUCAGAGCGAAGUGAGCGCCUUUGCCAUCGACUCACAGACGGGUGAACUGACCAAGCUCAAUACCGUCGGUACUCAGGGAAAAAAUCCUGUCCACCUAAGCGUUGAUCCCACCAAUACAUUUUUGGCCGUCGCCAAUUACGCGACCGGCAGCUUUGCCUUGCUUCCUAUUCAGGCUGACGGCAGCCUGGGUGCCGUGGCCCACGUUGAAUACUUACCAGGUGAACCUGGCCCUCACAAAAUCGAGCAAGGCAGCAGCCAUCCCCACAUGAUUCCAUUUGAUCCGUCAGGGCGCUUUUUGGUUAUUCCCGAUAAAGGCCUCGACGGGAUCUUUGUUUAUCGCCAUGGUCAAGGCGCGAGAGGGGCAGGCCCACGUCAUAUCGUCUUCACACCUGACGCCCGGCAUGCCUAUGUCGUUAAUGAGCUCGACAGUAGCGUCACCGGUUACGCCUACGAGGAAGAAAAAGGGACGCUCACGGCAAAGGAAAUUCUGUCCACCUUGCCAUCGACGUUCACAGGCAAUAGUCGGGCCGCAGCGAUUGCCAUCGCACCUUCCGGAAAGCAUCUGUACGUGUCGAACCGUGGUCACGACAGCGUGGCUAUCUUUGCAAUCAAUGAAGGUGGCGAGUUUGUUGCCAAGGGGCACAUUCCCUCACAAGGUCGUAAACCACGCUUCAUGAAUUUGACGCCGGAUGGUGCUCGCCUGUUUGUUGCCAACGAAGAGACUGACGACAUCGUUGCAUUCGACGUUGACGCGAGUUCAGGUGGCCUUGCCGCAAAUGGCCAGACGAUCAAGACCGGCAGUCCGCCCUGGGCUGGAGUACCUACCUUGUUCGAACUCUUGAAUUCGCCAACGUUCUGGUUGGCAGUCGCGCAAAUUAUCGCCAUCGAUAUUUUGCUGGGCGGUGACAACGCGGUCGUCAUUGCCCUGGCUUGUCGCAAGCUCCCAGAGGCUCAGCGAAAUCGCGCCAUUAUUGGAGGGGCGCUUGGCGCCAUUGUGCUUCGAAUUGUGAUGAUCUUCUUCGCAUUGCAAUUGUUGGCGUUGCCUUGCCUCAAGCUCAUCGGCGCAGCGCUGCUUCUCUGGAUUGGUAUCAAGAUGCUGAUUCCCGAGGAGGAGGGCGCACACGACAACCUUGCAGCCAGUCCUCGCCUCCUGGACAACGUUGUUGCGGUUGCAGGGGCAUCCAAUGGCCGCCUGGAACUUGUGAUUUUCGGCAUCGUCGUCAGCAUCCCGAUCAUCAUUUGGGGCAGCAAGCUGGUGCUUCACUUUAUGGACCGAUUUCCACUGGUUAUCACGCUCGGCGCGGCGUUGCUUGGAUGGAUCGCGGGAAGCAUGGCUGUCAGUGACGUGGCUCUUCCAAGUCUGCCGUCUUGGUCGCAUUACGCGGCCGGGUUUGCCGGUGCGAUGCUGGUGUUGAUUGUCGGGAAGCUUGUGAGCCGUCGACAACGAGGCAAUUGCGAUACAUCUCCAGGGCAUGAAAAGGUGUUGGCCCAGCGCGAUGCAGCCACUGGAAAAUUGGGAGGUGUCUCAGUGGCGCUUGCAAAUGAAUUGGCGAAGGAGUUGGGGGUCGCCGUCAAGCUGACUUCAUACGACGCGGCCGGGAAAGUGUUCGCUGCCUUGGAAAGCGGGACUUGGGAUUUGGCGUUUCUUGCCAUCGAACCUGUACGCGCGGAAAAGAUCGCCUUCUCCAGUCCUUAUGUGAGCAUUGACGGCACCUACCUUGUUCGUGAAGAAAGCCUCUACCAAAGUGCGUCUGAUUUGGAUGCGCAAGGUCUCAGAAUUUCUGUAGGCCAAGGUGCCGCCUAUGACCUCUAUCUCUCACGCACCCUGCGGCAUGCUGAACUCGUUAGAGGGGAGACUUCUGCGAGUGCUGUUGACCUUUUUCUUGAGCUUGAGCUGCAAGCAGCAGCGGGGGUUCGACAGCCAUUGGAGCGGUAUGCAAGCGCACAUUCAGGAGUAAGAGUGCUGGCAGACAACUUCACGGAAAUCCGCCAGGCGAUGGCCGUCCCCAAGGCACGCAAAAUCGCUGCCGAAUACAUCGAGGACUUUAUCAGCCGUCUUGUGGGGAAUGGCUUUGUAGCCAGGGCGCUGGCUGACAGUGGCCAAAGCGAUGCAAGAGUUGCAUCGCCGAUUGUCCGGCUGGCACCCAAA